AUGAGGCAUCAAAUCAAUGUCUUUUUUUUUCUCAUCGGACUUUUCCACAGUGGCAUUUCCUGUAAAUAUCUAGAACAACAGUCCGAAAUUCACGGGGUUAGAAUAAAAAUAAGGCAAAAAAUGCCAGCACCAUAACCGUACACCUUCAUGACCGGUGGCCCAAAGAAACACCACAUCCACGUCAAUCGGCAUUAUCCUUUGCCUUUCUCUUUUAUUGUCCGAGUUCCACCCGCAAAGUUUUAACCUUUAAGGAAAGACCUGUUUUUGUUAAAAAUCCAUAUUUUACAGUUUGGAUUGAAGAACAGAAGCCAAAAGUUCACAAUCAAGAACACUUUCUUCUUUUUAUUGGCCGGUUUUUGGAGAAUCGCAUAAUGGGAAGAUUGAAAGAAAGGUUUCAGGCUUUUGUGAAUAAUAGAUGGCUGGUUUUUGUGGCUGCAAUGUGGAUACAAUCUUGUGCUGGGGUUGGGUAUAUAUUUGGUAGCAUAUCGCCUGUGAUAAAGAGUUCUUUGAAUUAUAAUCAAAGGCAGCUUUCAAAGUUAGGUGUGGCUAAAGAUCUUGGAGAUAGUGUUGGGUUCUUAGCAGGGAGCUUGUCUGAGAUUUUGCCUCUAUGGGGUGCUUUGCUCGUUGGUGCUCUGCAGAAUCUUGUUGGUUAUGGUUGGGUUUGGUUGAUUGUUACCGGGAGAGUUCCAGUUUUGCCUUUGUGGGCUAUGUGCAUCUUAAUAGUUGUGGGAACCAACGGUGAAACCUACUUCAAUACUGCUGCUUUGGUUUCUUGUGUGCAAAACUUUCCCAAAAGCAGGGGUCCAGUGGUAGGAAUACUCAAGGGCUUUGCUGGUUUGAGCGGUGCAAUUUUGACUCAGAUAUACACAAUGAUUAAUUUCCCAGAUCAAGCAUCUUUAAUAUUCAUGGUUGCAGUUGGGCCGGCAAUGGUAGUUAUCGCUCUAAUGUUCAUUAUCAGACCUGUUGGAGGUCACAGACAAGUGCGGCCAUCUGAUGGUUUAAGUUUUACAUUUAUUUAUAGUGUGUGCCUCCUGUUGGCUGCUUACUUGAUGGGAGUCAUGCUUCUGGAAGAUCUUGUUCGCGUGAGCCACAUUUUAGUCACAUUUUUUACAGUGAUUCUGUUCUUUCUUAUUUUCAUUCCCAUGGUUAUUCCCAUUGCAUUGAGUUUCUGCGAAGAGCCUAGAGAUCCAGCAGAAGAGGUUCUUCUACCAAAGCCAGAGCAACAAGAGGCAGGAAAGUCGGAACAGGAUGUGCGGGAACACGAAGUAAUAUUCAGUGAGGUUGAAGAUGAGAAACCUAAGGAAGUAGACUUACUUCCAGCAUCAGAAAGGCAUAAAAGAAUUGCUCAGUUGCAAACAAAACUGUUCCAGGCAGCUGCUGAAGGAGCAGUAAGGGUGAAGAGAAGGAAAGGUCCUCGUAGAGGGGAGGACUUUACCUUGAUGCAGGCUUUAAUUAAAGCAGACUUUUGGCUUAUCUUUUUCUCUCUUCUAUUAGGUUCAGGAUCAGGAUUGACAGUGAUAGAUAAUCUUGGUCAGAUGAGCCAGUCUCUAGGGUAUGAUAAUACUCAUAUAUUUGUAUCCAUGAUUAGCAUUUGGAACUUUCUUGGUCGUGUUGGUGGGGGUUACUUCUCAGAGAUUAUUGUGAGGGAUUAUGCUUAUCCAAGGCCAGCAGCCAUGGCUGUGGCCCAGCUUGUUAUGGCUAUCGGCCAUGUCUUCUUUGCUAAGGGAUGGCCUGGAGCAAUGUACAUUGGUACUCUGUUGAUUGGGCUUGGCUAUGGUGCCCACUGGGCAAUUGUGCCCGCAGCUGCCUCCGAGUUGUUUGGCUUGAAAAAGUUCGGGGCUCUGUACAAUUUUCUCACGCUGGCAAAUCCUGCUGGUUCACUUGUCUUCUCAGGUCUGAUUGCUAGCAGUAUUUAUGACCGUGAAGCAGAGAAGCAAGCUCAUCAACAUCAUAUCCAGCUGCAGAUUUCAAGGAUUUUGCAUCAUUGCAGCUGUUUUAAGCAUGAUACUUGUGUACCGCACUCAGAUUGUUUAUGCCAACCUCUAUGGAAAGUCUCGCACUUGACUCCAAGGAUGAUAUCUAGCAGGGUCUCUUAUGAAUAUUCCACCCAUUUUCCAUGGUGUUUUUUGCGGGGAAACUGAGAUUGUAUGAGUUUUCCUUAAAGUUGUGAUAGUAUUGCCAUAAAGAUUGUAGCGUGGAGCAUGUUCCAAAACCAAAACACAAUUAGAUUUUAAUUUUACUCUUUGCUCUGUAACGUAGUUAAGUAAUACCAUUUAAUUGUGAAAGAUUCUGCUUUGAGUGUCCAAAUAUUG